UGCUGUGGUCAGCGACGUCGGCGUAUGUCAGCUGUCAGCGUAUGUAAACAAAAUGGUCGUUUACGUUUGAUGUUUGUUUUUAGUUUAUCCAUUUUUAUUUUUAGAAUUUUCUGAUUUUUCUGGUUAGUUUCGUUUACUUUUUUGAUUGUUGGAAAUUCCUGUUUUAUAUUGAUAUAAUCAAUUUAUGGCGGGAAGAAAAAGAUGUGUUAUUGCUAUGUGCAGAAAAACAAGAUUAAAUUAACAAAAUACGCCAACUCCUGAACCGUCGAUAUUACUAUGAAAUUUUAUUCAAAAUUAAGAGGCAUUUUUACAGAAUGAGUUGAUUGGCCUUUAUUCAAUAUUUUUAAAAAGACUGCUGUACACUCAAUACACAAAAAGAACCCUCGAUGAGUCUUUGAAAGGAAAGCAUCUGAAAAAAAAGAGCUAAAAGAAAGAUGAAUAGAGGAUACUUUAGAAGAAAUAAUCAGUCCUUUUUAAUAUGGAAAAUUAGCAUAUUGGAAAAGCUUAUGAAAUCUUGAAAGAUAUACAAACUACUUCAGAAACUGAACACCAUCCUCAUAACUAUUUCAGAACCUAAAAUGGAAUAGAUGAAUUACAAACAAAAACAGCCAAAAUUGAUGUCUCCUGUCUCGUCCACCUUCACGUCAUUUGCAAGACUCAAAAACUGGCUGUAAUAACUGAGUUUGGGCAGCUCACUGUGACUAUCACACUCUGCUGGGUUCAAAUUACACACUCUAAGAGACCGGCAUAAACUAUUACAUUCAAAGCAUUCAAAGGACGGAGCAGAGUACAUGGAGCAAAUUAUCCUGCAUCACCUCAGUGAGACUUGACUUGGGAACAAGCUUGCGUAGUAAUGAAUAUAUGUCUGGAAAUAAAUGUCAAUUUUAUGGGUGCGGACUGUUGCCCAGAAUUGAUUCCACAAUCAGUAUAUUCCGCUUUCCUGUAAGUGACACUGAGAGAUGUAAGAAGUGGAUCCUUCAAUCAGGCAAUGGUAAAUUGACAGAUUUAAGCCCUAAAUCAUUAAAAAAAAAGUUUAUCUCUAGUAAGCAUUUUUCUGCAGAACAACUUUCUAGAAAGAAAUUGCCAAAGGAUGCUGUCCCUGUACAGUACAGAUCAAGUUCUAGCAGUUUAGAUUCCAAAAUGGAUACUGAAAAUAGUAGUCCAGUUUUAAAGACAGCACCUAUAUCAAGGGUUUCCUCCCACUUAUGCUUCAAAAUAGACAAUUUAACAUUUUUUGUUCCAGCAAGGGUUUUCAUCGAUUUCGAAAUUGUUCUUGUGUAUUUAAAUAUUCAAGUUCUUAAAAUUAACUUUAAAAUAUAUUUUCUAUGUUCAAUACAUUCCUUUUGCACAUCUAACCAGAUAGGGAGUUUAACCUGUAAUUUUUUAUUUAUUAUUUUGGCCAAAUUAAAUAUAAUUUUUUUUAAAAUAUAUUUUGAUAUAUGUUUACUGAAAGUAUCUAAACAUAUUUUUGUAAAAUAUUUUAUUAUAUCUGUUGGUGUUUUUAAUGCAUUUUGUUCUUCAAGAUCAUAAUUUUUAUAAAAAUUCAACAAUUCCUCGUUAUUAUCAAAAUUUUGAGAUCCUUCUAGCAAUGUUUGACAAUUAACACAAUUAAAUUUUUUCAAGCACUUUCUGACCAAAUAUCCAGCAAAAUAAGUGGUCGAACAGUUUUCUAAAUUAAACUUAAAGUCUAAGGGAGCAGUUGAUGUAGACAAAUCAGAAUCACUGUCACUAUUUGAAGAUUGUACUAUAUUUAACUCAUUUUCUUCACCGUCUUUUUUCAAUAGUAAAUCACAUGAUGAUGUGCCUACUUCCUCAAGAUCUAAAAUAUUUAUGUCUUCAUCUGCAUUUGUUGCUGAAUUUGCGGUAUUAGCAGGUUUCAUUAAAUUUGCAACAAUGUUUAUUUUAAAGGUAGCCUGAAAAGAUUUUACAGUAGGAUUCCUAUUGUAUCCACCUAUAUAUCGAAAAUUGAUUCUCAAGAAGGUCUUGUAUUAACCUCCCUGUAAAUAAAAAGGUUUUGCCAUUUGUUUUUUGUUCAUUGAACAAUAAUUUAACUGCAUUAAUUGUUUGCAAAAAAUCAUCAAAGCUGGGAGGUCUGUACAACUUACCUUUAUUGUCUAUUUUAUAUAUAUAUUUUUUAUUAAAUUAUAAACAGCAUUAAUAGCAUGUAGAACUGGAGGAUUUUUGUCACUUAAAACGCGAUUAUAUGGAUUGCUAUUAUUGUAUUGGGUACUGUUAAGUGCAUCGAAUAAAUUAUUAAUCGUACUUACGAAAUAGGCUGUAUUUUCACCUGUAAUUGAAAUAAGUUUCCCAGUUCGCAAAGCUACUUUAGUGGCACUAGCUACACUAUGGAUUAGCAACUGUGCUGCAAGUUUGACAUUCAUUUUUUCAAAUGAACUGGGUUUCAAAUGUUUGUCAAUUUUAAUAGACAUUUUCCAGUUCUACUUUUACAAUCUAAUUCAUACACUUUUCUAAUGUCUGAAAAGUCCAUAAAUUUUCCAUUAAAUAGGAAACGAGUGUUUAAAAAAUUGUUUCUGAUGCAUUUAAGUAAAUGUGGUAUAUCAUACAAAGCAAAAUAUUUUUUGUCUUCUACAUAAAAAUAAAGGUUUUCUAACACUGAUUUUUAAACUAGAAAACAAUUGUUGAUUGAUCCUAGAGACAUCACAUACAAUGCCAAUUGGAGUCAAAUUUACAGAUGUAAGCUUCUGUAGACACUUUAAAACUAUUUUUUCUAAUUCACCACAUGUUACUCCAUUUUCCGAAACAAAAAAGAAUAUAGGAAUUUUCCAUGGAGAAUAGAUUCCUCGUAUCAUUAAAACAAUAGCUUGGCUGGCUGGAACCGAUUUUCUUCCCAACAUCCCCAGAUCAACAAGACCUUCAAUUAUGUCCAAUUUUUCACUGUAGUCUAGAUUUCGUUUAAUACUCAUUUCGUCAAGCAAAACUACACAUUUUUUCAGAGGGUGUCAUUGUACCUGAUUUUAACAUUAAGUUUUUAAAAAUCCUGUUGUUAAAACCUGAAGUACAAAUAAAGUUUCCCAGUCAUUUUUUUAUUGUUGAAAUAGCUGGUAAAAUAGGGCCUUUUCUAAUUAAAAAAUUGUAGCAUGAAGAGCUCUUGUAAUAUAUAGACAAGGCUGUCUUUUUUUCUAGAGGUGUCCAAGGAGAUCUUGUUUUAUGCCUUAACUGUAUAUUUACUAGAGUUUUAGAAAAUACUGUUGUAGUAGCCUCCUUAAAAUGUUUACUUGCUGCGAGCUGGACUUUUAAUAUUUUCAUUUUGGCUAUUCUUAAUUGGGUCUGCAAGUUAUUUAUUUUAGUUCGAGCAAUUCCUAACUCUCCCUUUAAUUUCUUAUUCUCUUUUACCAGAGAGCCACAUUUUCUUUUACUUCCUGUGGGUAGGUUUUGAAUCUCCUUCAACCACUCUCCAUCACUACUACCACUUUCAGAAAUCGUCUGUUCAAAAACUUGCUUACUUGAGCCAUAAGUGAGAGGAUUUUCGCAUUCUUGGAAAAUGAUGUAUUUUUUGUAUCUGUAUUUUCAAACAAAUGUUGAAUCUAUUGCAUCGCAUUACUAUUAAAUACUUUAAAAAGUGAAUUUUAUUUGAUAGUUUUCAUCAAUCAGUUUAAUAUGUCUCAUUUGUCUGGGAACAUAAAUGGACAAAACACUAUACGAUACAUUUAUAAUGGAACGAAUUAUAUAUUUUUGUUUUUAGAAAACUAUAAAAACAGAUUGAAAUAAAUACCGAAUAUACUAAAUAAAAAUAAGGUUAAUUUAAUUUGUUCUGGUUUAAUGAUUUUGAGAAGGAAAAUCAAUUAUUAAAGGCUUAAUUUUCGAAAAAUGAGUAUAUAAAAUAUGUUAGCAUUUAUUU